CCAACCGACGUGGAUGGAAUUUACGGGACAAAACGGUGACGACGGACGACGGGGGCAGCUCGUGAACCGUGAUUUGACGUGGAUUAAAAGUCCCAAGCUUUUCGAGGACCGAGCGGCGUCGAAGGCACUGGGAGCGGCGGGGGAGGGCGAUUCCCAGAUUCCUCCAUUCUCUGCGCUUAGAAUCUCUCCGUGCAAUAAAGCAAGAGAAUGAAUAUAUUAAGGGUUGGAGAGAGAUCGCUGAUGAAGGCGUUGAGGUCAGAGGAGGACCGCGCCGCCGCCUGCCUGUUCCCGAUAUACAGCACCGACGGAGAGACGGCUGCUUUGGUGCCGGAGCGCGGCGGUGGAGAGGACGAACCGACGGCGACGGGGAUAGAGGUCGGGGAGGAGAAGGCUCGGUUCCAAGAGGGAGCGGGAAUCGAAGCGUCGGAUGAUACCGCUCACAAAAUCAGUCAUGAUCCUUGGUAUCAAGUUGCAUUCGUUCUGACAACAGGAGUAAACAGUGCAUAUGUCUUGGGAUAUUCUGGAUCAAUUAUGGUUUCAUUGGGUUGGAUAGCUGGUACAGCUGGUUUUAUUUUAGCAGCUGCCAUAUCCUUGCAUGCUAAUACUCUUCUUGCUCAUAUUCAUGAAGUUGGCGGUAAACGGCGGAUUAGAUACAGAGAUCUUGCUGGUUAUAUCUAUGGUAGAAAAAUGUAUUUACUUACAUGGGGACUACAGUAUGUUAAUCUGUUCAUGAUCAACACUGGAUUUAUCAUUUUGGCUGGUGAGGCAUUGAAGGCCAUGUAUGUCCUUUACAGGGAUGAUAAUGCAUUGAAGCUUCCCUACUGUAUAGCAAUUGCUGGGUUUGUCUGUGCUCUGUUUGCCUUUGGGAUACCCCAUUUAUCGGCGCUGAGGAUUUGGCUGGGCAUUUCAACAUUUCUUAGUCUCAUAUAUAUCAUUGUAGCAUUUGUUUUAUCUCUUAGGGAUGGAAUAAAUACUCCACCCCGAGAUUAUAGCAUUCCAGGGUCUCAUGUGAACAAGAUUUUCACUACCAUUGGUUCUGUUGCAAGUCUCGUUUUUGCUUACAAUACAGGAAUGCUGCCAGAGAUUCAGGCAACAAUAAAACCACCAGUCGUCCAGAACAUGGAAAAAGCACUUUGGUUUCAGUUCACUGUUGGCAUCUUGCCAUUAUUUGCUGUUAUUUUUGUGGGAUAUUGGGCUUAUGGCUCUUCAACAUCAACGUAUCUUCUCAAUAGCGUCAGUGGCCCAACUUGGGUCAAGGCAAUGGCCAACAUUGCAGCUUUUUUCCAGACGGUCAUUGCUUUGCAUAUAUUUGCGAGUCCAAUGUAUGAGUACUUGGAUACAAAGUAUGGGAGAGGAAAAGGGAGUGCUUUCUCCUUCCAUAAUGUUUCAUUUAGAGUCCUUGUAAGAGGGGGCUACCUUACCGUAAACACAUUUGUGGCAGCUUUGCUGCCAUUCCUAGGAGACUUUAUGAGCCUGACGGGGGCCUUGAGCGUUUUCCCACUUACAUUCGUUUUGGCAAAUCACAUGUACUUGACUGUGAAGAACAACAAAUUGUCAGCAUUCCAGAAGGUUUGGCACUGGCUGAAUGUUGUAGGAUUCAGCUGCUUAGUUCUGGCUGCUGCAGUCGCAGCCAUAAGGCUUAUCCUUGUUGAUUCUAAAACCUAUCAUCUCUUUGCUGAUUUGUGAAGGCUUCUUGGUGCAUUUUCCUGGUAGCCUCAAUUUGUAAAGGUAAAUGUAGUAUGCUCACUGUAAGUUGGUCCAUAUAUCAAAGCUUUUAGAUUAUGAGAGUAAUGUUGUUCUCUGUACAUGGGAAACAUGAUCAAAUAAGGAAUGAUAUAAAAGCCAAUUGGUUAUGUGUUA